UUCUUACGCAGUGGAUUCCACUCCCAUGCAGUACACAGCACCGACCGUGACCCCUGGACCCAGCACCGGCUUUUCAUCGACAACGGUUGUUCUGUACGGGCAUGGUGACUUCGAUAAAGUCGCAGUUGAAGACACUCCAGCGCCUACAAAGCUUGAGGACGACCACAUCGAAUUAGCAGCUUUUUACCAUGGACUGAAUUUCACGGAUAAUUAUUUACGUUUGGGCAUAAUUAGAAACAAAGACUUUCCCGUUGUUAUGGGAAGCGAAUGUACUGGUAUUAUUGCGCGUAUAGGAGCCAACGUCCAUGAUCUGCUGGAGGGAGACAGGGUUCUUUGCUUGCGAAUGCAUGCUGGCCUGUUCCAGCGCAGCCUCCACAUACCGCGGAAAUACUGUUACAGGCUGGACGACCACAUCAGCCUACGCAACGGCCUCGCCUUAGGCCUCAACUUCGUGGUAGCUCACACUUGUCUGUUCGAACUGGGCCGACUGAAGCCGGGCCAGGUAGUCUUCAUGACGUCCGUCGGAGGUGGUGUUGGCACGUCCGUGGUCCAGCUCGCUCGUACAGUCCCAAACGUGACUGUUAUGGGGACCGCUUCAGAGUCAAAGCAUGAGAGUCUGCUGUCCCUGGGGAUCAACCACGUCUUCCGCUUCGGCCAGAGUUUCAUGAUGAAGAUACUCUUCCCGAGAGGCGCAGAUAUUGUCAUAAACAGCAAAGGUGGCUCAGAUAUCGAAGAGUGCCUCUAUUUGCUUAAACCUUUUGGAAGACUGAUUAACAUUGGCUCAAACAACUCUGUGAAAAGUGCAAUAAAUAUUCCAUUGCCGCUACAGAAACCGAAAUGGGAUGGCAAAAAUAUAAGGUCUGCGAGUAUCGUUGGUAGGAAUUACCUAAUGAGUGGGCUGGAUAUUGGAUACCACUUGGAAAAUAAUCGGCCCAAAGUGCAAGCUAUAUUGAGUCACGUAUUUGAUCUAGUAGGCAGUCAGGAAAUAAAGCCCAUUAUUCACACCAUUUUACCUAUGGAAAGGGCUGCAGAAGGCUUGAAACUACUGUGCAAGAGAGAGAACUUCGGGAAGGUAAUCUUACACAAAAUUUAAGUGUGAUCAGUUACGUGCAGCGGAGGAAUGGCUCAAGAUCAGUUCUUCAGACCCUAGAGGGAUACAGCUAGUAAAUCCUAGACAAGAGGAAACAGCGCAAAAACAACGAAACUGGCUGUGCUCUACAAUAACACUGAAGUUUGUGUUUUAAUUACGUCGUUGAGUUUUGAAAUCUUCAUAGCGACUUCGCUCAAAUUUUAUUGUACACUGUG